CGCAUCCUGUCUGGCGGCGGUCAUUCCCAACACUGCGAUGAUGGUUUUAUGCGGGGCGAGGCGCAGCAUGGCGGUGCUGUGCCUGGCCGCUGUCUUCUCCCUGAAUGACGCAACAGUCUCAGCCUCAACAGCUCCCACGGACACCAGAAGGACUAUCUACCUCCCCUUGACCGACGCCCUCAGCUACGAACAGAUUGUGAAGGCCGGGUACGUGGUCGUGGUGGUGGCGGCAAUCAUAUCCGUGUGGUACCUUCACUUCAGUGGCAAAGGCAUACACACCAUAAAGUUUCCCGGCCACCCCGCCCUGCCACCCCAUGCCGUGCCCUCCAGGCUCCACAGGAUGGAGGACUUCCCGAGCAGCCUGCCCUUCCUCAGCCUGCUCCUAGACGCCUUAGACCUGUAUCAGUAGGACGCGGUGCACCAUGCUGCUGUACCUUCUGACGCGCCUCACAAACACCUAUGCAAUCCUUAAGUGAUAAGUUGUGGUAGCAGUAGCCGAGGCAACAGCAUCUGUAGCAGCAGUAGUAGUAAGUAGUAGUAGUGAUUUCAUGUGCUUGUUGCAGCUACAGUAUUUAUUUAUUCAUUUAUAUGUUCAUUCAUUUAUUUAUUUAUUUAUUUAUUUAUUCAGAUAUUAUUCUGAUUAUUGACUUCUUUAUCUGACUUAACCAUCUAUUUAUUUAUUCUUUUUUUUUUUUUUUUUUGCUUGUUCGAUAUUUUGUAUGUUUACUAAUUAGUUUUCGUAUUUGUUUGCUAAUUAUUUGUUUGUCUAUUGGUUACCAUCAAACAAGUGACAUAGCAAGUAAAUGAUAGAUCUCACGCAGAUUUCAAAAGAAUGAUCCGAAUGUUGCCUUUAUGAAGUAAUUAUGCUAAAAGAUUCUUAAUACAUUCCAUUGCUGCUUCUAAAAGACAACGUGAUGAUGACGAUCAACUCUGCAUUCCUCUGAAUCACAAACCACCUUCACGGAACCACAACAAAAGUUGCUGGAUGUCAGUUGUUCACAUACUCUGUGUUGAAGCAGUUUCAUUUGGAACUCCUGAGCUAAAGCAGUACAAAGUAGUCCCUAUCAUUCAUGCUAUUGUUAUGUCACCUCUAUGAACACAGACUUGAGAGACUGUUCGACCUUCCCCUCCUCCCCACCACGUUUUGCUAUGAAUAACUAUGUUAAUUACCUCUUUUCUUUUUAGUUUCCGUCGUCCACAGUCAAGUUUCCUGUA